CCCCAGGGCGGAAGUCCCAGACAGGAAGUAGCUCCUGCGGCGGAGUCACGUGUCACCUAAAGAUGGCUGCACCCUGAGGAGUUGAACAAAGGUUGCAGUAAACCGUGGCAUGGUGGAGGGAAAACGCGGGACCAAGUGUAAGGCUCACGAUGGAAAAUCAUAAACCAGAUGCAAUCAAGGAAAACUUAAUUGAUAUUAUAGCCAGAAAGAUUAAACAACUUCCAGAAACAGACAGGAGACUACUUGAAUAUGGAUCGGCAUAUAUUGGACUUAAUGCUGCUUUCUGUGGUCUAAUAGCAAACAGUCUUUUUCGGCGUAUCUUACAUGUGACAAAGGCUCGUGUAGCUGCUGGCUUACCAAUGACAGUGAUCCCGUUUUUAUCAGCAAAUGCCUCUUACACAAGUUUUGUAAGUUUACCUCUGAAUACAGGUGAUUUGAAUUGUGAAACCUGUAUCCUGACACGGGCUGGACUGAUUGGUUUAGUUUUUGGCGGUCUGUACCCUGUUUGUUUGGCUAUACCUGUAAAUGGUGCCUUAGCAGCCAGGUAUCAGUCAGCCCCGCUACCAGAGAAAGGAAACAUCUUAACAUACUGGAUUAGAGUAUCCAAGCCUGUCUUUAGAAAGAUGUUAUUUCCCCUUUUACUUCAGACUGUGGUUGCUGCCUACCUUGGAUCUACACAAUAUAAACUACUUAUAAAGGCUCUUCAGUUACCUGAACCAGGCCUAGAAACUCACUGAUUUUUUUUAACCAAAUAUGUAUGCAGAAAUAAAACAGUGAAAAUAA